AUGUUUAUUUUGCAUAGGAUUGAUUAUUGCAGUAGUUCUAAGAAGUGGUCUUUAUUCUUCUCAUCCUUUACUCAGUUUAUUUUGGAACUGAAUGGUGUCACCUCUGCCGAAGAAGAUUUGGUUGAAGUACCAAAACCGGUCGAAGAAAAGAGGAUAUCAUCUGCUUCUGGUUUUCAUGUUGCUUCUGAACAUAAUGGUUCAUCAUCAUCUAUGCCUUAUCGUUCAUUAGGUAGCUUCUUGUCUGCUGAUUCUAAGGCUUAUUUUGAUACAUUGGUUAGAAAGAUUUUACCUAAUUCUCAAGCAAGAGAAUUUCAUAUUCAUGCUCAUAUUGACGUGGUGGCAAAAUAA